AUGGUGUUACCAGCAAUACUUGGCACACUCUUUGAGCGCUGCCCCGUACUCGAAAUUGAAUUCCUGUGCUCGCGCCUUCAUACUGUACGAAUGCCCAAGCCAGUUUUUGUGAUUCUCAGUCAGCAGAUGUCCUAUACUUUAAACACCGCAUUAAAAUACAUUAACGAUUCUGGCCAAUCGACACAGCGGCAAACUCUUCUUACUAGGAUGUCAAAUAUCCAGGCAAUCCGUACGUUUCCCGGGAAAACCGUUGAUGAAUCAAAAUUGUACCUUCAGCAAUCCACGAGCAGCUAUCCAAGCUCAUGGGUCGGACAGCCUACCGUUCGUCAAAACGGAUGGUGUCACAUUGUUCGGGAGUCUUGUGGCGUGCUUAAGUCCAACGCCGUGAUCCCUGUGCUACAGGGAGUCAGUCAUCUAGAGAAUACACACGAUAAUUUUCAAUGA